UUCACUGAUCAAUCAUUCAGUCAGUCAGUUUGUGACAGAAUAAUGAUUCGGCUUUCAAUGCUACUUGAAGUCUUUUGUCUUCUUAUCCUCGUAUCUCAUCAGCAGGUUAUUGCUGAAGUUGUAACUUGCAAUCACAAUACUCCAGUAUGUGAAUGUACAGCUACUAAUCCUAAUGAUGUGUGUGAGUUUAGACUUGAUAUUGAGAUGCUGCAGACCUUCACCCGAUAUCUGCUUGAUGAGGAUGAAGACUCAAGGGGUACUGCAGGCAGUGUCUGGCGUAUUAAUAACGGAGAAUGGGAAAGAGUUAAUCCUAAAGACACACUCUGUGGUAGUUCUAUUGAUAGUACUAACUGCACUCAACCGUUUACUGUUGAUGGGUACACGUUUCGUUCCUUUAUAGCAGUCAAUGGACGUAUACCAGGACCAACACUCAUUGUAACUGAGGGUCAGUUGGUUAAAGUGAAUGUAAUCAAUAGAUUAGCAUCAGAGAGUGUAUCUGUACACUGGCAUGGGAUGCAUCAAAGGAACAGUAACUGGAUGGAUGGAGUGGAGCAUGUUACACAGUGUGGUAUACCUCCAGGGGCUAGUUUUACUUAUAUCUUUAAAGCUGAACAAUACGGGACUCACUGGUAUCACUCUCACAGUGGAGCUCAGAGAACUGAUGGACUCUUUGGAGCUCUCAUUGUUAAAGAGAAGGAGCAAGGUAAUCUACAAUAUACUGCCUUCCUGAACAAGUUAACUGAAAUGAACAUACAGCAGAAUACUUAUGUGGAUAAUCCUGGUGAACACACUCUCACUUUUCUUGACUGGCAGAAGUCAAGCUCACUGGAUCUCUUCACACUAAUACACUCAACCAUUAGAUACUUUGACAUUGAUAAAGUAUCAGAACUGUCUGGAUCAGAACCUGAUAGAACCCGUUCAUCAGAUAAUGCAGAGAUAGGGCCCGUGCCUUAUUGGUCUGGACUAAUAAAUGGAAGGGGAAGGCAUAAUGAUACUGACUACUCUAAUUCUAUUUUAAGUGACUUUAAUGUCACAGCUGGAAAUACGUAUCGAUUUCGUUUAAUUGGUGCUCAGAGUCUUUAUGCUUAUCGUUUCUCAAUAGAAGAUCAUAACUUAACAGUAAUAGCAACUGAUGGUCAGUUUAUUGAACCAGUGACAGUUGAUUACAUUAUAAUACACUCUGGAGAAAGAUAUGACUUCCUUUUACAAACAAAAGCAGAGAGUGACCUUGUCUCCACUCAGCAGUUCAUGAUACGUGCAGUUACAUUAAGCUUCACUGUAACAUCAACUUAUUUACAAGAACAGUCGGCAGAAGCUAUUCUCAAUUACAACAGUGAUGACACGCCAUCCAGUGAAUAUGCAGGUAUUGCAGCUAGAAGUCAACCUGUUGUUGAGAGAUGUACUUCUACUGAUGAGUGUGAAGCUCUUAACUGUCCAUUCAAGAAUUUUCCAGAUAAUUUCAACAUUAACUGUACUCAUAUUCAUCAAUUGCAGCUGCUAACUGACUAUCCUGGAGAUCUGCCUGAUGUUGCUACAACUGCAAAUAGUCCAAGAUUAUUCUUCAAUUUUGGUUUUGAAGGAACACGUCAGACCAGCACUAUUAAUGGCCGCAACCUAAAACUACCAUCAGCAUCACUGGCACAGCUUGAUGCAAGUGAACUAACUGGUAUUAGGAAUAAUGAAUAUUGUGAAGACGAGAAAAAUGAGAAUAAUGAAAAGAAGUGUGAUCGCGAUAACACAGAAGAAGUCAUAUCCCCUGAUUGCUACUGCACUCAUGUUGUUGAUGUGGAGGAUAGUCGUUCCUAUGAAUUAGUAAUAUCAGCCGUUGGACCAAACCCUAUGUCACUAGGCAACUUUCUAUUCGCUCAUCCAGUACAUCUUCAUGGACAUUACUUUCAUGUCGUUGAUAUCCAAUUUGGCAAAUAUAACGACAAUGGAGAACUAUCUGAUGGCAAUAGUGAUUUAAAUUGUGGAGGUGAUACACUAUGUGUUAAGCCUCGCUGGAGAAAUAAUAGAGAUUACUCUACACGUAAAGGAAUGACAGGCAAAAUUUCAUCUAAAGCCCCACUGAAGGAUACUCUGUUAAUACCAGCUGGUGGGUAUGCUGUUGUGUAUUUUAAAACUGAUAAUCCUGGUUGGUGGUUCCUACACUGUCAUAUUGAGGUACAUCAAUUGGAGGGAAUGGGAGUCAUCAUUAAUGAAGGAGGCUUUAAAACACCACCACCUGAUGGCAUGAAUAAAUGUGGAGACUUUCCACUGGCAACAGACCAGUUUAUUUCAGCAACUGCUGUUACUGCAUCACCAUCACCAGAACCAACACUAACAACAACAACAGUAGUGAGUACAGUAUUUAUGCCAACAACAAUUCAAAUAACACCAACAAACACCAACAGUGGUGGUGGUGGAGGUGGUGGUACUAAAUGCUUUCCUCCAGAUGCAGUAGUGCGUACAAGAAAUGGUCCAUUGCUCAUGAAAGAUGUUGAAAUUGGAAUGGAACUUUUAGCCUUGAGUUCUAACCAUGAACUAGUCUAUAGCCCAGUUAUAUUGAUGUUAGAUGUUGAUGACAUUAAACUAGCAAAUUAUACUAUCAUAGAGUCAUCAGGUAAUCACAAACUGACACUCACACCAAACCACCUUGUUCAUGCAAGUAAAACAAAUGACAUCUCAUCAUCUGUACCUAUAUUCGCUUCACAAGUGAAAAAAGGUGACAAGAUAUUUGUUGCUAAAUCUCCUGAUGUUAUUGAAGCAGUUGAAGUCGUUAGCACAUCAAGCCAAGUCAUCAAGGGUGCUUAUGCCCCACUGACAAGAGAAGGUACUGUGGUUGUUAAUGAUGUUGUAGCUUCUUGCUAUGCUGUUGUUAAUGAUCAUCAAUUUGCUCAUGCCACGUUUGGCCCAUUACGUUAUCUUUAUGAUACUUUCCACACUUCCCUCCAUAGCAAACAGAAGCAAGGGAUUGCUUGGUAUCCUUCAAUGCUCCAGUCACUAGGUAAAGUAUUCCUGGAUGACAGCAACUACAAGCCAAUGAAAGUUGAAGAUCUGAUCAAGAGCAGUGAUUAGUAUUUCGUAGAGUGAACUUUUACAAUUUGAUUAGUGUUAUAGGAACUUAUUAGUAUAUUUCUUGUCAUGCAUUUAGCUUUAACUGCAUGUUUCUUGCUGCAUUGAUUUUACAUAGAUCGUAUAUGGCUUCAUA